CUGCGUGCCGCCGCGCCUGUGCGGGCCCUCGGGGCUGCGCGAGCAGGUUUAGGACGCUGAGCGGUGCGUCUCCGCCGCACCCGGGGGCCGUGACGGAGAUGCCUACAUAGAAGAGUGACAGCAGCUGGGCUGAAAGUUUCACUGCUGAACUGGUUCCUCAGGUAUCCUGGCUCUGGCAAUUGCUAUGGGAGAUUGGAUGACUGUUACAGAUCCAGGUCUGUCUUCAGAAAGCAAAUACAUCUCUCAAUAUACCUCUGAAACAAAGAUGUCUCCAUCAAGUUUAUACUCACAGCAAGUGCUAUGCUCUUCAAUACCUUUAUCAAAAAAUGUGCACAGUUUUUUUAGUGCCUUCUGCACAGAAGAGAAUAUUGAACAGAGUAUUUCAUAUCUUGAUCAGGAAUUGACUACUUUCGGUUUUCCUUCAUUAUAUGAAGAAUCCAAAGGUAAAGAGACAAAGAGAGAAUUAAAUAUAGUUGCUGUUUUAAAUUGUAUGAAUGAGCUACUUGUACUUCAGCGGAAGAACCUUCUAGCUCAGGAAAAUGUGGAAACACAGAAUCUGAAACUGGGAAGCGAUAUGGACCAUCUGCAGAACUGCUAUGCAAAACUUAAGGAACAACUGGAAACCUCCAGGAGAGAAAUGAUUGGUCUUCAGGAAAGAGACAGACAGUUACAAUGCAAGAACAGGAAUUUGCAUCAGCUACUGAAAAAUGAGAAAGAUGAGGUGCAGAAAUUACAAAAUAUUAUUGCAAGUCGAGCUACUCAAUAUAAUCAUGAUAUGAAGAGAAAAGAGCGUGAAUAUAAUAAACUAAAGGAACGUCUACAUCAACUUGUUAUGAACAAGAAGGAUAAAAAAAUAGCUAUGGAAGUUUUAAAUUACGUGGGGAGAGCUGAUGGAAAAAGAGGCUCCUGGAGGACGGGUAAAACUGAAGCCAGUUUCUUUCUCAGGAACGAAGAUGAAAUGUAUAAAAUUCUCUUGAAUGAUUAUGAAUAUCGUCAGAAACAAAUCCUAAUGGAAAAUGCUGAACUUAAGAAGGUUCUUCAGCAAAUGAAAAAGGAAAUGAUUUCUCUUCUUUCUCCCCAAAAGCAGAAACCUAGAGAAAGAGCAGAUGAUAGUACAGGAACUGUUAUCUCUGAUAUUGAAGAAGAUGCUGGGGAACUGAGCAGAGAGAGUAUGUGGGACCUUUCCUGUGAAACUGUGAGAGAGCAGCUUACCAACAGCAUCCGAAAACAGUGGAGAAUUUUGAAAAGUCAUGUAGAAAAACUUGAUAACCAAGUUUCAAAGGUACACGUAGAAGGUUUUAAUGAUGAAGAUGUAAUCUCACGACAAGACCAUGAACAAGAAACUGAAAAACUUGAGUUAGAAAUUCAACAGUGUAAAGAAAUGAUUAAAACUCAGCAGCAACUUUUACAGCAGCAGCUCGCUACUGCGUGUGAUGAUGACACCACUUCACUGCUACGAGACUGUUACUUGUUGGAAGAAAAGGAACGCCUCAAAGAAGAAUGGUCCCUAUUUAAAGAGCAAAAGAAGAAUUUCGAGAAAGAAAGACGAAGCUUUACAGAAGCAGCUAUUCGCCUAGGAUUGGAGAGAAAGGCAUUUGAAGAAGAAAGAGCCAGUUGGUUAAAGCAACAGUUUCUAAAUAUGACUACCUUUGACCACCAGAACUCAGAAAAUGUGAAACUUCUCAGUGCCUUCUCAGGAAGUUCUGAU